CCAUAAGGCCAUUAUUUAUCGAGUUUCAUCCGCAGCCACAGUGCAAAAUAGGUUUAUCAGUUAAAUUUAAGUGUAAAAAUAGUUGUAAAGUGUUUUAAGUUGCGUCCGUGACCGUGGUACAUGCACCCGCGACCGCCCCGCCCGGCUGUGCCCGCCGCUCCGCUGACCGUGUGAAGUUUUCCUCGUUCCGUUGGUGUGAUUUUACCGUGUGUCUCGAGUCUCUUCUUCGCCGCGAGAGAAAAGAAAAAGAAGAGAAAGCUCCUUGCAGCUGCAAUUGAAGAAUAAACGAGCAUUAGGCACCAGGAUUCCAGCGAAAUGCAGCACAACGUUCAUGCCGCCCGGCCAGCGCCUCACAUCCGGGCUGCCCACCAUCAUAGCCACAGUCACAACCAUGGCCACAUGCAGAUGCAUCCGGGAAUGGAGCAGCACCUCGGCCCCGGCCUGCAGCAGCAACAGCAGCCGCCGCCGCCGCAGCAACAGCCUCCGCAUCGGGAGCAUCUUCAUGCACGCCUGAAUCAUCACCAUCUCCACGCCCAACAGCAGCAGCAACAGCAGCAGACGCCGUCGAAUCCCGCCGCCGUUGCUGCUGGAGCUGCCUAUCACGGCAACAGCGCUAGCAACAGCAACCAGAUGCAGAAGAUCCGCCAGCAGCAUCAGCACCUGAGCAGCAGCAACAGCCACCAGCAUCAGGCGCCGCCUCCCGGGCCGCCGCCACAGGCCUACAGUCCGGCCGCCUUGGCCUACAACCAGCUCCCUCCGCAUCCGCCGCCGCCGCAUCACAUGGCCGCCCAUCUGGGCAGCUAUGCCGCUCCCCCGCCUCACUACUACAUGAGCCAGGCGAAGCCCUCGAAGUACAACCACUACAACAGCAAUGGCAGCACUAACAGCAGCAACAAUAACAGCAGCAGCAACUACGCCCCGAAGGCCAUACUGCAGAACACGUACAGGAACCAGAAGGUGGUGGCUCCAGCAGUGGUGCCAGCAGAAGUGCCCGAGGUUUCCGAGCAGCCACCACUGGCGACCAACACUAAUAGCAACAGCAGCAGCAGCAGUAACAACAUAGUCAAAGCCAGCGAACCAGAGGAUAGCUCUCAGGAGCAGGAGUCUACGGUAGAGCCAGCUCCCUCCGUGGACGAUUGCAGCAGCAGCAGCGAGCACAUCGAUGCCGCUGGUACGCUGCCCAAUGAGGACACCAGCAGCUCGGGUCGCGGCGGCGGCAAGGAUAAGACUCCCAUGUGUCUGGUCAAUGAGCUGGCCAGGUACAACAAGAUCACCCAUCAGUAUCGGCUGACCGGUGAGCGAGGACCGGCCCACUGCAAAACCUUCACGGUCACCCUGAAGCUGGGCGAGGAGGAGUACUCGGCGGACGGGUUCAAGAUCAAGAAGGCGCAGCAUUUGGCCGCCAGCAAAGCCAUCGAGGAUACGAAGUACAAGCAUCCGCCGCCAAAGAUUCGGCGCAACGAUGAGGGUGGGCCAAUGCGCACGCACAUUACGCCGACGGUGGAACUGAAUGCCCUGGCCAUGAAACUGGGACAGCGCACGUUCUACCUGCUGGAUCCCACGCAGAUUCCACCGGCGGAACCCAUGCUGCCGGACUAUGGCGGUGCUCCGAUGCUAACGGCGCCCUCUGGUCCGGGAAUGCCGCCUCAACCUCCGCCACCUGCGUAUGCUUUGCGGCAAAGGCAUGGCAAUGGAUUCGUUCCUAUUCCUUCGCCGCCAAUGCAUCCGCAUGGCUUCUAUCAUGGCCCCGGGCAGCGACCCUUUCCCCCGAAGUUCCCAUCACGGUUUGCACUUCCUCCACCGCUCGGACCGCAUGUCAUGCAUGGACCCAAUGGUCCCUACGCCUCUGUGCCAACGGCGCCCAGCAAGAUCACCUUGUUUGUGGGCAAGCAGAAGUUUGUGGGCAUCGGGCGAACCCUGCAACAGGCCAAGCAUGAUGCAGCGGCCAGAGCCUUGCAAGUUCUGAAGACCCAGGCCAUUUCUGCCUCAGAGGAGGCUCUGGAGGACUCGAUGGACGAGGGUGACAAGAAGUCGCCCAUCUCACAGGUCCACGAGAUCGGAAUCAAGCGGAACAUGACGGUACACUUCAAGGUGUUGCGCGAGGAGGGACCUGCUCACAUGAAGAACUUCAUUACGGCCUGCAUCGUGGGCUCCAUUGUCACCGAGGGCGAGGGCAACGGCAAAAAGGUAUCGAAGAAGCGCGCCGCCGAAAAGAUGCUCGUAGAGCUGCAGAAGCUGCCACCUCUCACGCCCACCAAACAGACGCCUCUGAAGCGGAUCAAGGUGAAAACACCGGGUAAAAAUGCAGGAGCAGCCCCGGGUGCAGCGGUUGUGCCAGGCGGCGACGGUGUUACACCUGCGGGCAAGCCAGAGAGACGUAAACGGCCCAAUGUGACCGUGAAGGAGAAGAUCAUAGAGCCAGACGAUGCCGAGAAUCCCAUCACGAAGCUUAUCCAGCUGCAGCAAACGCGCAAGGAAAAGGAGCCCAUCUUCGAACUGAUAGCCAAGAAUGGCAACGAGAGCGCCAGGCGGCGGGAAUUCGUAAUGGAGGUUUCCGCCAGCGGCAGCACGGCGCGCGGAACAGGCAACAGCAAGAAGCUGGCUAAGAGGAAUGCGGCUCAGGCUCUCUUUGAACAACUGGAGGCCAUAGACUUUACGCCCAGCAAUGAAACGCAGGGAUUGGGCGAAAGUAGCAGCUCAGCCACAGUCUCGGCAGUCACAGCCCCCACAGUGGAGUCAACAACUGAAGGUGACGUGCCUAUGGUGUCCACGCCAGUGGGUCCUAUGCCGGGCAUACUGAUUCUUCGGCAAAACAAGAAACCGGCGAAAAAGCGGGAUCAAGUGGUGGUUGUCAAGGCCAAUGCGGAUGCCAAAGAGGAGGAGGUACCUACGGAUGCCCCAGUUGCAGCUGCAGCUGAGGAGGAGCAUAAGAGCAGCAGUGGCAAUACGGGCAACACCAGCAGCAGUAGCAGCGAUACCCAAUCCACGGAGGCGGCCAGUGAGAGUGCGCUGAACACCUCCAGUGGCAGUAACACAAGCGGAGUGAGCAGCAACAGUAGCAGCAGCAGCAGCAGCAGUAACAACAAUAGCAACUCAAAUAGCAAUAGCAGCAGCCAAGGUGCGGGAGUGCACAUGAAGGAGCAGCUGCUGUACCUUAGCAAACUGCUGGACUUUGAGGUCAACUUCUCAGACUAUCCGAAGGGCAAUCACAAUGAGUUCCUGACUAUUGUCACUCUGUCCACGAAUCCGCCACAGAUCUGUCAUGGCGUGGGCAAGAGCUCCGAGGAGUCGCAGAACGAUGCCGCACGAAAUGCACUGAAAAUCCUCAGUGAACUGGGACUCAACAAUGCCAAGAAAUAGGCGAGUUCAAACAGUUUUCUUUACAAAUUACAUACCCGUCCACAAAAAAGAAACCUUAAACAAAAUCCAAAAAACCCCAAGCUAGGUGCAAAUUCGAAAGGGAAAAUGAGAAAAAGAGAAAAGGAAGUACGGUGAACAAUGCAAGAAACAGUGAAAUAGCAAAUUAUUAGUUAAUACCUAUUUAUUUAUUUAUGUGCAAGUUGUGCCAACUGCUGGUGUUAUUAUUUUAUUUAUUUUUGUUGUUGAGAAUUGGUUAACUAAGCGAACGAACUGAACUGCAACCGAAAGUGAACACGAAUACUGGACAGAGCCGGAGGAGUGGAUGUUAGCCAUGUUGAGAGAGGAGGAGAAUCGAACAAUAACUAGCCUUAAAGAGACCCGCAACACAAAACGAUGCAAGACCUUGUACUAAACUAAACUUAAGAUUAAAGUUGAAACCGAAGCUGCAGCUUCGCCACUUGAAUUGAAUUGAUGAACAAAUGACUAUUGAUACCUCUUAGCUGCGUAGGGGCAACGCUUUCAAAAAUAAAUACAAAAUGUAGGACAAAAUUUGUGGAGAGUAGGAUUAGGAGAGGCAACGACAAUUUUUGAUUUAUUUUUCAAAGCAACAGCGAAACCAUUUACCAUUGUGGUCACAUAUGCUUGAUGAAACUCGUCGAAUAAUGAAUAUCUAUUAUAAUAUUAAGUGUUAGGCGUAAGCACCGUCGUAUGCCCCAUGCAGGGUCCCAGUUUCCUGAGCUUCCACUAAACCUUUCAAUUUGCCAAAUGCCGAACGCUGAAACCUUUCGCAAAUUGAAUGGACUGUUUUGUGUGGAACCCGGGACAGGACAUGGCAUGACAGGCGUUUACACAUGUGGAAACCCCACGAUACAUACAUACAUAAUAAAAUACAAUUUACAUAAUCGUUAUAAUUAUAAUUAUAAAUGUUUAAUAAGCCAUUUUUGUAAAUGUUCAGCUUUUGUACUACGAACAAAGGAGAGUUAAAAGCUGAACAUCCUUAUGAAUAAUGAAUCGUGUUGUUUAUCUGCUUUAUGUUUCGUCCCCAUAUAUCUCGAUUUUUGCUUAUUUGAAUCCGUUUUACGUUUUACAUUCUAUGUCUUAUUGUUAGCCACACUCACUCACUGCUAUUCUUCAAAAUUUCGAUUACAAUAGUUUUAAAGUCUUUUAGUCUUUUGCCCUUAAACAGCACCCGUUGAUUAAGCGUUAAGUUGCGUUAUGUAAAAUGUAUUUUGUCUAAGCAAUCGCGUCGGCAACAAUGUGCAUGAUCGCGCAAUCUGCUUCCUAUCCCUAGCCUAGCCUCUAAGCUCAAGCCCCCCGUGGCAGUGGAAGUCAUACCCAGUAUUAAAUGUAUAGAUAAGGGCAACUCCAACAGCAAGAUAUACCCUCUAUCUCAAUCGCCGAUUGACUCACACAGACGGACACAUCGUGCACAUUGUUUGCGCCACACAAAUCGUUCACUUUUGUCAGAAGACUUUGCACAGAUCGUAAUCGUAAUCGUAAUUGUAGUCGUGUGCGCGGAAGUUGAGUUGCAAAGUCUUCACAAAAUUGAUGGAAAUUAUUAAUCUUAAACUGAGAUAUAUAUAUAAAUACGUAUAUAUGUGACAGCGAAGCGUGAAGAUCUGUUCAUUAACACCAAAUAAAGGCAUAAGAAGUCAAAGUCAGGAGAGGAGAUGAGGAGAGAACACAUUUAUUAGUCUUAAGCCUAUCCCACACAAUCACUUGGUUAUUUGUCUAUUCUGUAACGUGACCCAUGAACAUGUUAUGUAUCGUAAAAAUGAAGAACAAACUAUGAAACUAUAUAUGUAAAAUGUAACAAAUAAACAGUGAAAUAAAGUUGAAA